AUGUUGAGUUCACACUAACGGCUACCGGGGACAUACCAUUUGUAAUAGAUUCAAGAAACUAAAACAUGUCUGCUGUUCUGUUGUUGUUGAUUGGAAUAAUACUUACAGGUGUGUCAGAUGCAUGGAAGAGUGCAGAAGAACUGCAUAAGUUGCAGACGAAACUCGAGGGGAUCAGCCAACUCACACUGCUGGUUACCGUCAACGAUACCUGGAACCCGAGCGGGUGCAUUCAAACGAUAAAAACUCCACUCUUGACUCUAGGGAAACGCUUUAGCCAGAUCGAGGUGGGGACUUGUGACUAUGGAGCAAUUACUGUCAGAAUGGUAAAGGCAGGCAAUGGACGAGAUGCUAUGAGUUUGGAUGUCAUGUUCGAAUCACACGUGAUUGUGGACGCCUCCCACCCAGAAUGUCACUUUAACUGGAACGGAUCAUACCUUGUACCAACAGCUGAAAACCCUAAGAAAUCCCUACUUCCGGGUUGUUUUGUAAUGGAUUCUCGUGAGGGAUAUCACAUGACAUACUACUGGUUUCAUCUGCUGGACUGGCAUUUUGGUUAAAAGAUCACUGCAUUUGUUAACAAUACAACUAUUUACAAAUUAGAUGAUUUUAUUUAUUCAAUUCAUUAUCUAAGGCAAUUCUUUAUUAACAAAUCUGUUAAUAAAAGGAAAUAUCAGAAAGCAAUGUUCUUAAUCAUCCCUAAUGAAAAAUUAGCACAGUGAAGAAACUUGAUGUUCCAUAUUAGAAAUUAACUAAAUAUGCAAUGCAG